AUGGAAUCGGCCGGCUUGCAGCUUCAUCAAGCGAAGUCUCCGUUUCAGUUCGUGGUCGAUCAUGCGGAGACCUACCUAUUGAACCGCAUUCGGAGUCAAGAUGGCUACUUGGACAUUUUCCCAGCAUUCAUCAACAAGCUUGUUGAUGUUCUUAUGCGCUUCAAUCUACCUGAUGACAACGUCAUUGAGCUCCGGGAACAGUACAUCUUGGAUCUUGUCCGAGCCGUCGUAGCCACUACCCCGCGUGACCGACUCAGACAAGGUCUUGCCAUUUGGAUCAAGAAAUAUCUGGUAGCGGCUUAUCCCCGGAUUGUCGACCCAGAAAUUCCCCUUUCGGACGCUCUAGCUGGGGCAGCAGCAGUCGGCAACUUCAAAGCUGUCGCACACUUCUUGAACCACACCACGGACUUCCUCGAACAGCACUUCGGCUAUCACGUUGAUCAUCUCCCUAGCGUACUUGAAGCCGCAGCUAGCACAGGCAAGAGUGUAAUGAUUGAGUAUCUGCUUGCCAAAGUGAAGGUGGGUUUGGAGACGGACAACGAAAGCUGCAAGCAUUACGCCCCUGUCCACGAUUACUCUAAGACCACAACCGAGUGUAAGUGUGAAGACAAAUUCUAUGUCAUCAUAGAAGCCAUCAAGGCAACCAUAAGAGGUACUAUAAAGUAA